ACCAAGAUGGCGGACUGACUCGCUGUGCUUGUCCGGAGAAGUUUCACAUUUACCAUCUUACAGCAAUUUAGAGUCAAAGCGAGCACAGCAACACAUGUCUAAAUAUUAUUCGUCUUUGCUAAAGUCAAUGAAAUGUAAGUGUUGUCUGACGUGAAGACGUGAUAGAAGAUGGACGACUACUGCUAUGCUAAGAUGGCGACGUCCGCUAAAAGAGAACAUGAAAGAGAAUCAGCGCCACCAACUUCCAGCAAAUCACCAACGGAGAUAAAGACGAAAGAUGAAGACGUCCAGCAGCUGAUUGGUCAUCCAGAAGAACUUCCUCCUCAGUCAGGGGGGAUCUCCACUUUGAAGCAGGAGACUCCACAGCCACCCUGCAUUAAAAAGGAAGAGGAGGAACUCUGGAUCACUCAGGAGGGAGAGUGUCUUCUAGGACCACAGGAGGCUGAUCUCACCAAGUUGCUACUGACUGUUGUCUCUGUGAAGACUGAAGAUGAUGAAGAGAAACCACAAGUAGACAACCUCCUAGCUCCACUAUCAGAUAGUGAGGCUGAAGAUGGGGUUGAAGUAACUUUGAGCAGCGAUACAGACUGUGAAGGUGAUAUGAGGACUCACACUGACAACAAACACUCCGAAUGCUCUAAAAAGAAUACUGGUAAAUCAUGUUUGAGCUGCUCAGUUUGUGCUAAAAGUUUUACUAAACGGUAUAAUUUGACUCAACACAUGAGAACUCACACAGGCAAAAAACAAUUUAAUUGUUCAGUUUGUAGUAAAUGUUUUCCUAUAAAGAGCAGUUUCACUGCACACAUGAGAAUACACACAGGAGAAAAAACAUUUAACUCUUCGGUUAACAACAAACAUUUUGAAUGCAGUAAGAAUGGUUUGAGCUGCUCAGUUUGUGCUAAAAGCUUUAGCAAAAAGAGCCAUUUGACUGAUCACAUGAGAACACACACAGGAGAAAAACCAUACAAUUGUUCUGUUUGUGGUAAAAACUUUACCCAACAGAGCAGUUUGACGCAACACAUGAGGACGCACACUGGAGAAAAACCAUUUUAUUGUUCAGUUUGCGAUAAAAGCUUUACCAGCAAGAGCAGUUUGACCGAACACAUGAGAAGACACACAGGAGAAACACCCUUUUCCUGUUCAGUUUGUUGUAAACGCUUUACUAAAAACAUUAGGUUGACUGAACACAUGAGAACACACACAGGAGAAAGAAAAUUCUGUUGUUUAGUUUGUGGAAAAAGCUUUAUCAAAAAUAGCGCUUUGACUCAACACAUAAUGAUACACACCGGACAAAAAACAUGCAUUUGUUCAGUUUGUGGUAAAGGCUUUUCUCAAAAAAGCAAUUUAACUAAGCACAUGAGGACACACACAGGAGAGAAAACAUUUAGUUGUUCAGUUUGUGGUAAAAACUUUUCUCAAAAGGACACUUUAACUCGGCACAUGACAACACACACAGGCGAAAAAACCUGUAUUUGUUCUGUUUGUGGAAAAAGCUUUGUUACCAGAUCUGGUUUGACCAAACAUGAAAAGAAACACACUGGACAAAAACCAUUUCGUUGUUUAGUUUGUGAUAAAAGCUUUUCUCAAAAGAUCAGAUUGACUGUACACAGCAGAACGCACACAGGAGAAAAACCCUUUAGGUGUUCAAUUUGCGGUAACAGUUUUUCUCAAAAGGGCAGUUUGAUUCGACACACGGCAACGCACACCGGGCAAAAACGCUUUAAUUGCUUAGUUUGUGGUAAAAGCUUUUAUGAAAAGAAGAGCUUUGCUCAACACACGAGAACACACACCGGAGAAAAGCCAUUUGAUUGUUCGGUUUGUGGUAAAAGCUUUUUUACCAGGCCAGGUUUGACUAAACAUGUAAAAAAACACACUGGAGAAAAAUGAUUUAAUUGUUUAGUUUGUGGUAUUUUGUUCAUGUGUGGCGACAUCCACCCAAACCCAGGACCCCCUCAAAAAAUGUUCACUGCUUCUUUCACAAAUAUCCGAUGUCUUCCUCCAAAUUGUGAUUGUCUGGAGCACAAUCGUACCUCCUCAUGACCCCAUGUCUUCUGUGGAUCUGAAACUUUUCCUGUUUACGACCCCCGUCCCUUAGAAACAGCUGUUGCCAUGUAAUCAGAGAAAGUCCAAAUAAAAGAGGAGGCGUACAAUCUUUCGCCAGAGCGUGAUGGAGACUGUACAAGAGUACAGAGCAGACGCGCUCUCCUCAAUUGAGCCUAAUUUAAUAUUGUCUCUGUUUAAUUCCUUGCUUCUUGUCUUGUUUAAUAUAUGUCAUCAGUGUUUGAACCUGACAGUGCAUGUAUGCGAUAUUUUCAUUAUGUUUAAUUUGACUUCUUUCUAGGAAUACGCUUGCUUGUUUUUCCACGAGUUUUCAAGUACAGUGACAUUUUUAAACCAAGAUUUAUUAGAAAAAAAUAACAUAAAUGAGUAAUAAAACACAAUAUAAUUUGAGUGUUUAAAUAUGUUUAUUUUCUUCCAUUUUAAGGAAUGACUUUGAUUUAUGUGACAUCAAUGUUUAUUUCAAUCAUUCAUGAUUGAUUGAUUGCCGUUUUGAAAGAUGUUUGCUUUUGUGU